AUGUUUCAAAAAGUCUUCUAUAUAUUCUUUCAAGAAGAAUUUUUCAAACAAGCAGAUGAUUGUUUUGGUUAUAGUUCUAAUUUUAACCAAACUUUUAGUGUAUGCUUUUGUAGCACAUGUCAUAGCAAAUAUGAACAUAUCAAAAAAGUUAAAUCAAAUACUACAGAUAUUAAAAAAUUGAAUACUGCAAACACUAAACAAUCAAAGUCUUCUUUACAUAAUAAUAGUACUAAUUAUGAUUCAGAACUUAAAUUUAAGUUAUUUGUUGAAAAUAAAAAUGAAAAUAUAUUAUUUGGAAAGAGUAUUAUGACUAAAUUAGUAAGCUUUGAAGAAUUUAAGGAACUUAUUCAACAAUGA